GAAAAAAGUGAACCGUAGACCCGCUCUGGUCCUGUUUCUUCACUUCAUAUUUGAUCAAGAAAAUAUAUAUGGGAAAUGAUCGGCAUCGGAAGACUACAUUCCUGCCAAUGCUGUGCUCGAGUUCGAGAUCAUCCAUCCACAUCCACGACCCUUUCUCCCCCAGGAUCAGUUGCACCGGCCAAAUCAAGAGGCACAACAAGAUUGCUGGAAUUCCCACUCCUCAGCUUCACCACCACCACCGCCACAACAAUGUCAAGUAUUUGAAGCUCAAGAGGCUUUUCUCCUCCUCUUCUUCCUCCAACUCAAGUCCUACUGCCACCAAAAAGAAUGAACCCAUGAGUACCAGCAUCAGCAUCGAGGAAUUGGAUCCCCCUCUGCCUGUGAUCAAGAGAGCUCCAAAAGAUAAAGAAGAGAAGCAUCCACACACCCUCUGGGAGAGGAGAUCGGGUGGGGUUGAAUUGAGAAGUCUACAGCUUCAACAAAUCCAAAUCAAUAGACAUUGUCUUCAACCCAUCACCACUGUUUGAGAGGUAAAUUAAUGCCAUGCCAUUGUAUUUGGGGAGUUCCCAGAAUUGAAUUUAUGCAUUGUAAAAGUUGUACACCUUUUUUUCACCUUUAUGUAAAAUCUAUAGUUACAAACUCUGGGGAGGAAUUAAAUUGCAUCUUCCUCC